UUGGGCAUCAGCACCUCAACCAAGCAGAUUAGGUUCUCUAGUGCUUCUCCACAGCUGAAUGAUAGGUUCCAUAACUUCUUCAUUAAUGACAUAAAGCUCGCCAUCUUUCUAUUCCAAACAAACUCGAGACUUGCCCCUCUUUGCUACACAACUUCAGAAUCAUCUUGGCUACCUCGUGAGAGAGGGAACAGCCAAAAUGGCGAUAUCACAAACGCGAGCAGCGGCCAUAUCGUCCAUCGGGAUAAGGGCCCUGAGUUACUUCUUCCUGCGAUGGGCAAUGCUUCCGUUUGGCCCUGCGCUCAUCUUCACACUCUUCGCCAUCUAUCUGCCUACUUUCGUGUCUGGCUUCCGCAAGGAGCCCAAGUACAACUUGGUUGAUGAAGUCGAUGUGGUUGUUACUGAAACAACCAUAAGGGACGACAAUGCUGAGGAGGACGAGAGCCCUGGAGCACCUACUCCUAGCGGUAAUGAAAAGGUGAUCGCCGAACAGGUUGACAUUCAAGAGACUAUCUCGAUCGAAAAGCGACCCCUGCACGCUUUGCGAACUCUCCUCAGCGGCGCGCCCAACCCGCGGAGCUUGGCCCUGUCCGCGCUGACCUUCCUGAUCAACGCUGCGCUGGUUGGCUUCGUUGCUGAUCGGUUGUUCCGCGAGCGUUUCUAUGGCGCUGAGGACCUUUCCUUUGCCCGCGUUGGCUAUGUCGGCGAACACGAAGCUAAGCUCUUGAUCCGUGAGCCGGAUCAGACUAAGCUGCCCAUCAACGUACAAAUUCAUCUCAAGGACCCUCAGCCUCCUUUCGACAACCCUCUGUGGCAAUCAGUUGGCGGCGUCAGAUGGACCGGGAACGAGACCGACUACACUGCUGUUGUUACGAUUCCCCUCCGCAACUCGGGACGGCGAACUUACGAAUGGAAGACAUCGAACAACCACACCGGAGAGUUCACCACCCCGCCCAAAGUUGGCUCUGCCUUUGAAACCGACGAGGGCCCUUUCACUUUCCUCUCGACCUCCUGCAUCGUGAGCCGCUUGCCCUACAAUCCGCUUGAUCAUCCGUUGGCCAUUCCUGGUAUGCGACACCUGGCCAAGGUCCUCCCUAGCCUGGGUGCUCAAUUCAUGCUUUUCCUUGGAGACUUCAUCUACAUCGACGUUCCGCGCUAUUGGGCCAAGAGCACCGAGGAAUACCGCAAGAAGUACCGUCAGGUCUACGCUUCUCCGGACUGGCCGGCUGUCGGUCAGAAUCUCAGCUGGAUCCAUGUGCUCGACGACCACGAAAUUCAGAAUGACUGGUCCGCCAACACCACCGGCGUGUACCAGAACGCCAUCGACCCUUAUAACCACUACCAUGCGGCUGCCAACCCUCCCCUGGCUAAGAAGGCCGGUGCCCUCAGCGCUCGCAGCGGAGCCACUUAUUUCGAGUUUACCCAGGGUCCCGCCAGCUUCUUCCUGCUUGACACUCGCACCUACCGCUCGAACAACAAGAUUGCCUUUACCGACGAUGCCAAGACGAUGCUGGGCGCUGGACAACUUGAGGACUUCAUUGCAUGGCUAAGGCGCCCGGAGCCGAAGGGCGUCAAGUGGAAGAUUGUUGCUUCGUCCGUCCCCUUCACCAAGAACUGGGGUGUCAACACGCAGGAUACCUGGGGCGGAUUCUUGACUGAGAGGAAGCGGAUCCUUGAGGCCAUGUGGGAUACUGCGAGCAGAGGUAUCGGUGUGAUUGUUCUGUCGGGUGACAGACACGAGUUCGCCGCGACCAAGUUCCCGCCGCCGAUGAACAGCACAUGGCCUGAAACCGCCACGGUGUUUGAGUUUUCUGCUAGCCCGCUGAGCCAGUUCUACUCGCCUAUUGGCACGUAUAGACAGAGAGAUAGCGAGGAUGUCGAGAUCAAGUACAUCAAUAAGGGCAACUCCAAGUUCGGUGCCAUCACCAUCGAGAACCUCGAGGGAGGUGACCAGAGCAGCUUAAAGUACCGCCUUUUUGUCGAUGGUGAGGAGGUCUGGAACACUGUUGUUCUGUCUCCACCGGUCGUCAUUGAAGAUGUCAGACCUGCUAUCGCAGCUGGCUCGUGGUGGGAGCGGUUGUUCGCUUGGAGAAGAUAAACUGUUUGGAUAGAGAGGAUAUGUGAGGUGAAGGAAAUCAAGGGGGAGGAACGACUUAAAUGGUAGGGACGGGUCGUUUUUUUUUUUUUAAUGUACUGAUAUGAUUGAGUACAUUGGGAUUUGACAUGAUGUUUAUGAGGCCGGCAAGGAAAAGGAAUGGCUAGGAGAAUAGGGGACAUGUGUACUGGAGCGCCAUAGAUACCUGAUAUUUUUAUCGGAAAGAUCAUGGGAUAUAGGUAGAUAGUACAACUACAGUAAAAUCGAAUCCAAGCUAAUAACAUUCUCUAUCUGACGUUGUUGAUAGGAAUAUCAGAU